AGUCUGUUUCAACUUUCAAGUUUGGAAAGAGGCGUAUUUUGGGAACCGAAAUGGAGAUUUCUGUGGAGAUUCAAGAUGGUUUGCAGUUAGCCGGGAGUUCUGCUAGAGUUCAAGAUAAGGCCUUCGAGCCUUUGCUACAGAAAAUAUUCUCAGACGUUUCGGAAACCGGUAAUUCUAAUGAAAAUGAUGGAGCUCUUUCCUCUAUUGAACCAGCUGUUUUGAAGCAGAGUUAUGCAGCACUGUACACCCUUGUCUUAGAAGCAUGUAAACAUGAUGCAGACAACAGUACAAUCAGCUCCAUCUUAGAGGACAGCAAGUUCAGCCAGGAUAGGAUAGAUAUCUUCAUCAAGUGCUUCCAGGAGAAGAAACAAGUGAUUAGAUCCAUGCUGAGUAACAUCAGCCACACCCCUCCCCACAUCGUUGAUGUAGACUGGCGUUUAGACUACUAUCUGAAGAACAAGCACAUAGAUAAAAUCAACCAGCCGACCUAUCAGAUAAGUUUGAAGACAGAGCAGGGUCAUAGAGGCACCAAAGAUGUACAGUUUAGUUGUUCAUUAGAACAGUUACAGGACCUGGUUGGAAAACUCAAGGAUGCUACAAAAAGUUUGGAAAAGGCAGCACAAGGUUCAUAGCAGAAAUCACAUCGAAAAAAUGGUCCUAUGUAUGUAAAUAUAAAGAGAGUAGUUUUAUACUGGUGAUAGGAUAGUGACAGUAGUUAAAUGUUCUGACAAUACAACUCAUGAUUCAUUCCAGAUUUAGUUUGCAAUGCAACUUUUGUGACAUGUUUAUGUGGCCAGAUAUUGCUAUACAUGUAUUGUUAUCUGUGUAUUGAAGAAAGCAUAUUUU